GGGUGCCUCAGCUGGGGUCCUGGGUUUGCAGGGCAGCAGCUGGGGGUCCGCCUGGUGGCUGGGAGCAGCCGCUGUAGCGGGACGGUGGAGGUCUGGCGACACUUGUCCUGGGAGCCGGUGUGCGGGGACUUCUGGAACUUCAGUGCAGCCGAGGCCGUGUGCAGGGCGCUGGGCUGCGGCGGGGUGGGUGCAAUCCCUUCGCUGACCCCGGAGGUGCCAUCGCUUCCUGCCGCGGAUAAUGCCAGCAGGGCCGCCAACACCACUAGGACCCUGGCGCCCGUGGUCCUGUGCAGCGGGGACACCACCGAGUGGUCGCACUGCCAGGUGGAGGACUUUGUGUGCAGUGGUCACGCAGGGCUAGCCCGGAUCACCUGUGCAGAGAACCGCGCGCUGAGGCUGGUGGGCGGCGGCCCCUGCGCGGGCCGCGUGGACUUGCUAGAGCGGGGCCAGUGGGGCUCCCUGUGCGACGACACGUGGGACCUGGCCGACGCCCACGUGGUGUGCAGGCAGCUGGGCUGCGGCUGGGCCAUCCAGGCACUGCCCGGCCUUCACUACCCUUCCGGCCAGGGUCCCAUCCACCGGGACCAGGUGAACUGCUCCGGGGCUGAAGCCUACCUGUGGGACUGUCCGGGGCUGCUGGGCGGCGGCUACUGUGGCCACAAGGAGGACGCGGGUGUGGUGUGCUCAGAGCACCAGUCCUGGCGCCUGACGGGAGGCGUGGAUGCCUGCGAGGGGCAGGCGGAGGUCCACUUCCGCGGGGUCUGGAACACCGUGUGUGACAGCGAGUGGUACUCACCGGAGGCUGGGGUGCUGUGCCGGGCCUUGGGCUGCGGGUCGGCGGUGCUGGUGCCCAAGGGGCUGCCCCACUCCCUGCCGGGAAGGAUGUACUACUCCUGCAGGGGUGAGGAGCCUACGCUCUCCAACUGCUCCUGGCGCUACAAUAACUCCAACCUCUGCAGCCAGUCUCAGGCAGCCAGGGUUGUCUGCUCAGAGUCCCGGAGGCUGCUCAAUCUCUCUACGUCUGAUGUCCCCGCAACGCUUUCGGCGGUCACAGUGGAACCUUCUGUGACUGAGAACCUGGAGGAGGGCCUGGACUCUCAGGAACUGAGGCUCCUUAUUCUUUGCAUCGUCCUGGGAACUCUCCUUCUUGCCUCCCUCACCGCCAUAGCUGUCAUCCUCUGGAAGAUUAGAGGGAAAUACGCCCUUCCUGUUACGGUCAACCACCAGCACCUGCCUGCCCCACCCCCAGCAGGCAUCAACAGCUAUCAGGACGCCCCCACCAUCAUCCCCAAAGAAGUUCCCAAGCUGUCCUUCCAAGCCCAGGCCCCGCCCCCUGAGGACCCGGCCUCCAGCUCCGACUCCGACUAUGAGCACUAUGACUUCAGUGCCCAGCCGCCCAUGGCUCUGAGCACCUUCUACAAUUCCCAGCGGCACCGCCCAACAGAGGAGGAGGUCCAGCAGAACCGGUUCCAGAUGCCCCCCCUGGAGGAGGAGCCACCUGCCAAUCUCCCCCCCACCCAACUCUGCAUUGCAGACUUCCCCUCUCUGGGCCCUCAGCACCACCGGGGGAGCUUCAGCGGGUCCAGCACCUCCUCCGGGGAGGACUAUUGCAAUAGCCCCCGUAGCCAAGAGUCGCCCUGGCCUCCCCUGGGGUUUCCCAUGGAGAGAUGCCCUUUCCUGGAGCAGCCCCCCAAUUUGGAGCUGGCUGGUUCCCAGGCAACUUUUUCAGGGCCCUCGGCUGACAACAGCUCCAGCACCUCGUCUGGCGAGUGGUACCAGAACGUCCAGCCACCGCCCCUGCCCCUAACCCCGCCAGAGGAGCAGUUCAGAUGCCCAGGGUCCCCCAGCCCCCAGCCCGCGUCUACUGACAAUGACGACUAUGAUGACAUCGGAGCAACCUAGACAGCCAUCGGGACCCCUCCUACUGGACACCUGCCCGCUUGCUGCCCCUGCACUGCCCUGUGCUCCCGGCUCUCCUCUGAGGACCAAGACCCACCCAGAUAGUGAAGGCGACCCCCACCCGCUUCUGGCCCAGCCCUCCCCACCCCCAUCCACUGCCUCUAAGAGAGAAAGAGCAUUGGAUCCCCAGUGGGGGUGGGGGGCGGUGUGGCUCAGACCAGCCUCCUCCGCUGGGCACUGGGGCUGCUGGGUGGAGGCAGGGUUGGGCAGGCAUGACGGCUCGGACCCAGGCUUUACUGGGCUCGGUAACUGCCCUUGGGCAGGGCGUCCAGCUUUUGGGGUACCAGCAGGAAGGCUGCUCUCCCUGCACCCCAGGGGGCCAGCCCUGCUAUUGGAGCCCCUCAGAGCCCCCCCCCCCCGGGACGCAACCCUAUCUCCUGUAAUGGACAAGAUGGCGUCAGGCCAGCCCCCUCCCCACCACCCUAACUGGAAUUGGGCCUCAUUCCUUGUGGGAGCAGGCUGCAGGGAUUCUGUCUAGGGGCUGAGGCUUUGCAGAUGUGUGAUGGGCCCCAGGAGCCGUGACCUGCCUGGACAGCAUCUGGGUGGGGUGGGGUGGGGGGGGGGCUCAAGCCCAACUUCCGGGGUCCAGAGUCACCAGAGAUUAAACUGAC